AACGCAGAUGCAGCACGCACAUACUACAGUGGAGCCCCUUUUUCUGUCGCUCCUUGAAAUACUCACAGAAAGCUCUUCUUUUUCUGUCACCCUUUGAAGCUCCCACAAAUCUCACUGCCAAGCAAUGGCGGAAGACGAUGAAGACCAGCCUCAACAAGAGGACCUCUCCAAGCUCACCACCUCUUUCUUAGGCCUAAGCUUCUCUCUCUUUCUUGCAUUUCUGCCCAGAAACGCACUUUCUCUUGUCCAAAACCUGCAAUCUCGCCUGAGGGAGCUCUCGUUGAAGCUUUUUCAAGCUGAAGAGCAACUGAGAGUAAUGAGAUCGAGGAGGCAAGAAGAUUCCAAGGCCAAUGCAAGAGUCGUUGAGAUUUUCGCUAGCCACCGCAACGCGUGGCAGGCGGAGGAGAAGCGGUUGCUUCACCAAAUCGAUUCCGCCACCGAAGAAAUCGCGCAUUUGAGGACCAAGGUUGUGGAAUUCCAGAAAUACGAGGCCGAAUCGAAGGCUCGCAUUGAGGAAUUGGAGAGGGAGGUAAGAGAAAGGGACGAGAUGCUUAGCUUCAUGUCGAGGAGAGGUGGUGGGGAGGACGAAGGGGAGGAAUUGGGUGGGUGUCAGACCAGGGACUACAGUGAUGACGACCGUAGAGAGUGGUUUCAAAGGGACUCGAAGGAAUGCAUGCCUGGCACGAAUAGCAAUGCUGAGGAAGUCGAUGUUUUCUAUGAACAGAGUCAGAGGUAUCUUCAGCUUGAAAAUGGGUUUGAUUCUGAAUUUCUGGCUUCUGCUUCUAAGUUUUGGGCAGAAAGAGCCACACUCUGGCAGGAUGUGCAGUAUGAAACCCAUGAAUCAACGUAUAAUAUGAAGCAUUUUGUGGCAAGAAGGGAGUCCCCUUGGAAGGUAGAUGGUGAUUCAGCUGGAGUCUCAAACAAACUCAAAUUACUUGAACAGGAGCUGUUAAAUCUUGAGAACAUUGGUAAGGGUGAUCUAUCGAAGGUGCCAACCUUAAUGAGGAAGCAGGCUAAGAGAUAUCAAGCUCUUUCAGAGAAGAUUGAUGAUUUAUGCAGAAGAAUACAGGCAAGCGAUCCAUGUGAACCGACACUGAGUUCGGAAUUUCGAACACAACGGCAAACUGAGUUUUUGUUGGAGGCAUUUCGGCUUCAGCAGAGAGCAUCUGAAACGGGGCAGAAGCUGAUUGAAUUACAGAGUGAAGUUGGGAAGAGCUAUUACAGGGAGGAGCUGGGGGGAACAAAGAGGUCAUUAGACUCCAUAAGGAACAACCUGAAAGAGAUACAGAGGAAUCUGGAGAUAUGGUUGGCCAGAAUCAUCGGAGAUCUCGAAGGGAUUCUGGCAAGGGAUGGAGCAUCUCGCGUAAGAGAGUAUUAUGUCUCCAGAUAUCCUUUUGUUCAGUAGCAGGAAUGAUCUGUGAGAGAAGAAGGGCCUCUUUUAACCUAACAAAUCUGUUAAUUUGGUAUUCAUAAUGGAAGGAAGCCAUAAAAGUGGUGGUUGAAUGUGUUAGCCAAAUGAAAUUAUAUAUAGCACCUGUGUUUUUUGUGGCA